UCUCUUUCAGGUACUCAGUAACAGCGGUGUCCAGGCCUCGGAGUCCCCCUUGUAUUCCUGGAGCCCAAGAGACCCUGUGAUCCCUUCCUCCUGUGGACAUCACUUCUGUCUACCUGCUACCUACAACCUGACUCUCUGUCUUCACUGACUUCUCCUCACACCCAGCACCUACCUGAACAAGACCUCUCCCCUCUGUAUCUAUUCACACACCUCUGUAUCCAUUGAUCCACACCUGCCACAAGGCCUGUCACCUGGUGCACUGAUGAUUGGAUUGUUCCCUCUUUAAGACUAAGGGACUUCUUGUCAUUUCUCACUGGCAGGACAGCAUUUUCAUUUACUGAAUAAACCUAAAGAGAAAGAGGGAGGCUUCCCGGCUCGAGAGCAAGUGGCCAACAGCCCAGUAAGUCAGAAGGAAAUUUCUGACCAUUCAGCAUGGUUUCCCAGGGCUCCUCACCCUCCCUUCUGGAGACCCUGAGCAGUGACUUCCUGGCCUGCAAAAUCUGCCUGGAGCAGUUGCAUGUGCCCAAGACUCUGUCCUGCCUGCACACCUAUUGCCAAGACUGCCUGGCCCAGCUGGCUGAGGAUGACCACAUCCGCUGCCCUGAGUGUCGCGAGACUGUGCCCGUGCCGCCAUCAGGUGUGGCUGCCUUCAAGACCAACUUCUUUGUCAAUGGGCUCCUAGACCUGGUGAAAGCCAGGGAAGACUUGCGUGCAGGGAAGCCAGCCUGUGCCCUGUGCCCUCUAGUGGGGGGCACCAGUUCUGGGGGACCGGCCACAGCCAGGUGCCUGGACUGUGCUGAUGAUCUGUGUCAGGCCUGUGCCGACGGGCACCGCUGCACCCGCCAGACCCACACCCACCGCGUGGUGGACCUGGUAGGCUACAGGGCAGGGUGGUACGAUGAGGAGGCCCGUGAGCGUCAGGCAGCCCAGUGUCCCCAGCACCCAGGGGAGGCGCUGCGCUUCCUGUGCCAGCUGUGCUCCCAGCUGUUGUGCAGAGAAUGUCGUCUGGAUCCCCACCUGGACCACCCCUGCCUGCCCCUGGCCGAAGCAGUUCGUGCUAGGAGGCCAGGCCUUGAGGAGCUGCUGGCAGGUGUGGACAACAGUUUGGCUGAGCUGGAGGCCACCCGGGGGAUGGAAAAGGAAGCACUGGCCCGACUGCGGGAACAGGCCGCCAGGGUGGGGACACAGGUAGAGGAGGCAGCUGAGGGGGUCCUCAGGGCCCUGCUGGCACAGAAGCAGGAGGUGCUGGGGCAGCUCCGGGCCCAUGUGGAGGCUGCUGAGGAGGCUGCCCGAGAGAGGCUGGCUAAGCUAGAAGGCCGGGAGCAGGUGGCCAAGGCAGCAGCUGUGUUUGCCCGGCGGGUGCUCAGCCUGGGUCGAGAGGCUGAGAUCCUCUCGCUGGAGGGGGCUAUAGCCCAGAGGUUGAGACAGCUGCAAGAUUGUCCCUGGACACCUGGGCCAGCCCCUUGCGUGCUGCCCCAGCUGGAGCUCCAUCCUGGGCUCCUGGACAAGAACUACCAACUGCUGCGGCUCUCCUUAAAGGAGCAACAGCCCCAGAAAGACAAUAGGAAAGAUGAGGCCAAUACCCAGGAAGGGAAUGAAGCCCAGAGCCAGAGAGAGGAUGGAGCCGACACAGAGAGGCAGGGUGGAGUCCAGCCCCAAUGUAAGGAUGGAGCCUUAAGUCCCAAAGAGGACAAAACCCAGACAUCCCAAGAAGAUGGAGCCCAGACCCCAAAAGGGGACAAAGCCCUGUCGCUCCAAGAAGAUGGAGGAUUCCAGAUCGAAAGGGGUAGCAGAUCCAACAAGAAGAAAAAGUUCAAAGGCAGGUGCAAGUCUGUUUCCCGGGAGCCCAGCCCCAGCCUGGGGCCAAAUCCAGAAGGCCUCCUUCCCAGGCCCAUCUUUUCCUGUAGCUUCCCCACGCGGAUGCCAGGGGACAGGCGGGCACCCCGAAUCACUGGGCUCUGUCCCUUUGGCCUACGAGAGAUCCUGGUCGCAGAUGAGCAGAACAAGGUAUUGAAACGCUUCUCCCUCAAUGGCGACUACAGGGGCACUGUGCCAAUCCCUGAGGGCUGCUCCCCAUGCAGUGUGGCCGCUCUGCAGGACUCAGUGGCCUUCUCAGCAAACGCGCGACUUUAUCUCAUCAGCCCUAGUGGCGAAAUUCACUGGCGCCGGGCCCUGAGUCUCACCCAGUCCAGCCACUCUGUGUCUGCACUUCCAAGUGGGGACCGUGUGGCCGUCAGUGUGGCAGGCCAUGUGGAAGUGUACAACAAGGAAGGCAGCCUGGCCACCCGAUUCAUGCCUGGGGGCAAAGCCAGUCGGGGCCAGCGGGCACUGGUGUUUCUGACCACCAGCCCUCAGGGUAAUUUUAUAGGGUCAGAUUGGAAACAGAAUAGUGUAGUAGUUUGUGACGGGAUGGGCCAGGUGAUUGGGGAGUACAAGGGGCCUGGCCUGCAUGGCUGCCAGCCUGGCUCCGUAUCCGUGGAUAAGAAGGGCUACAUCUUUCUGACCCUUCAAAAGAUCAACAAGGUGGUGAUCCUGGACCCCCAGGGGUCAUUUCUUGGGGACUUCCUGACAGCCUACCAUGGCCUGGAAAAGCCCCGAGUGACCACCAUGGUGGAUGGCAGGUACCUGGUUGUGUCUCUCAGUAAUGGAACCAUCCAUGUCUUUCGGGUCCGUUUUCCUGACAGUUAA